AUGAUACGAACAAAAGUAACACCCUCUUUCAAUCCUUAUCCACUAUUCGAUUCCUCGACUACAACCAACAUAUCGUCCGAUGGCACCCAAGUAUUUCAACUUGAGAGCUACCGUGCAGAAGAGCUUUUAUUCGAACAUAACCCGCCAUAUAUCCUCACUCUGCCCUUUGAAAAAAUCUUAGCCAAAGGCAAACGGGCUGCAAAAAAUAAAACUCCGCGCCCAUUAAAUCAAUACAUGAUAUUCCGCAAAGAUUUCGAAGCCAGAUACAAAUUAGAACAUCCCAAUCAACGACUUUCUACAACAGAGUAUACUAGAAUGGCCACCAAGGCAUGGCGUAAACUUCCAGAACAAACAAAAAGAUAUUUCGUCUAUCUGCAAAGAGAAGGAGAAAAGUGGCACAAGCGUACAUAUCCCAACUACAAAUUUUCGCCAAAGAAAAAUAAAAAGACAAAAUGCAAGCCGGGCAGAAAGAGAAACAACGUCACUACUAUUAGUAAUCUUAGUCGGCCAAACAGGGAAAACAAUACCACAAAUAAUGAUAACACAAAUCGUAACAACGCAAAUCGCAAUAACGAUGGUGAAACAAUAUUAAGUUUUAACAAUUUUUAUCCAACCACCACCACGAUACCGUCAACGGUUUUGUUCAAUCCCACGCUUGACACCACCAAUCUUUAUCCCAACUUUAACACUAAAACACCUCGACCCCCCGACAAUACGUUCGUCGACACUCUUUCUACUACCGCACUUUCUCCUCCCCUGACACCAAGCGAUAAUGGCAACAGUCAUGGGUAUAGUUACGGAGAACACAUCGAGAACGUAAUAAAUGAAGUGACAAACGGCAAUUUAGGACAGCAAACAAAGGGCAGUGAAUGGGAGAAUUUUGGAUACAUAGAUGAUUUAAGGAAAUACAUGUUUGGGAAUAUGGACAACGAUAUGAAUCACAAUUUGCAUGCUGAUACCGAUAUCAGUAGUCAUCUUGAUAAUAUCCUCGUUUAUUAG